UUCAGAGCUGACUGACUGGCACAGAGCCUGAUAGAGUUGGAGUGGGGAAUGAGGGAGUAAGGAGCAGAGAGGUAAACUGUAGGAGAUUCUUUCAUUUUAAUUUUUUUUAGAGGCAGGCCCUCUCUCUGUUGCUAGGCUGGAGUGCAAUGGCAUAAUCAUAACUCACUGCAGCCUUGACCUCCUGGGCUCAUGUAAUCCACCUCAGCCUCUCAAGUAGCUGGCACUACAGGCAUAUGCCACCAUGCCUGGCUAAUUUUUGUAUUUUUUGUAGAGACAGAUUUUCAGUAUGUUGCCCAGGCUGGUCUCAGACUCCUGAGCUCAAGCAGUCUGCCCACCUCAGCCUCCCAAAGUGUUGGGAUUACAGUCUUGAGCUGCCGUGCCCAGCCUAAUUUUUAAACUUCUUUUGUAGAGACAGUCUUGCUAUGUUGCUCAAGCUUGUCUCAACCUCCUGGCCUCAUGCCAUCCUCCCGCCUCAGCCUCCCAAAGUGCUGGGAUUAUAGGCAUGAGCCACCACGCCUGGCCCUGUGGAAGAUUCUGAGGCUAAAAGUAGAAAGGGGCUGCUAACCAGAAAGCCCCCCAGAGGAGACCGAGUGAGCUGGGGAAUUAGAACAUCCACAUCCCAUCCAUUUAGCUCCUCUAACAGCCCAGAGACAAUCUUUGAACUUAACUAAUGUACAAAAAGUUUCUUCAUUUCUGCUUCUCAAGCCCCAAAUUCCCAUGUCUGAAAGAAGGGGGCUUGUACACCCAAGACACCCCAUUAUCCUCAAGAAAGAAAGAUGGAGGUUCUAGGAGCCAUUUUAGCCCAUUAACCCACCUGUCAUCUGCCCAGUAUGUGUUAGGUACAGGAGGAGGGGGAGGUGUGGCUAGUGCAGGAAAAUAAUGCAGAGAAGAUAAAACCCACUAAGCCAAGAAUGUGGGGACAGUUACAGCUGUGCCUCCCCUGCUUCCCUUCCCGGAGGAGCUGAAAGUUGGGGAAUUCCUGAGGAUGGGCCCAAAGGGGCUGGGCUCACUGGUAGAAGUGGUGGGAAUAUCAGAGACUGACUAGUGUAGCUUGGUCACCUAGUCCGUACUAAAAAGCCUUAUAGCCUUUUCUAGGAUGAGACUUUGAGGCUCCUAGAGUAGGGCACUCUCCCAGGAGGAAAAUCUUAGGCCCUCCCUCCCAUGAGGGUCAUUGCAACAUGAGACCCACGGGAAGUUGUGAAGUCAGCCCCAGCCCCGCCUACUGUUCCUGGGUGCUAAUCCCCAGCACGGACCACUCAGGAGGAGGGAUUGGCUGAGGAGCUUGGAGAGGGGGCGUCAUCACCUCGCCCAAAGGUUAAAUAGGGGUUGAGACAAGAUGCUCAGGAGAAGCACUUUCUUUCGCGAGCACUCUGAACCAGACCAUGACCCAGACCCUCAAGUACGCCUCCAGAGUGUUCCAACGCGUCCGCUGGGCGCCCGAGUUGGGCGCCUUCCUAGGCUACCGAGAGUACCACUCAGCACGCCGGAGCUUGGCAGACAUCCCAGGCCCCUCUACGCCCAGCUUUCUGGCCGAACUUUUCUGCAAGGGGGGGCUGUCGAGACUACACGAACUGCAGGUGCAGGGUGCCGCGCGCUUCGGGCCGGUGUGGCUAGCCAGCUUUGGGACAGUGCGCACCGUGUACGUGGCUGCCCCUGCACUCGUCGAGGAGCUGCUGAGACAGGAGGGACCCCGGCCCGAGCGCUGCAGCUUCUCGCCCUGGACGGAGCACCGCCGCCGCCGCCAGCGGGCUUGCGGACUGCUCACUGCGGAAGGCGAAGAAUGGCAAAGGCUCCGCAGUCUCCUGGCCCCGCUGCUCCUCCGGCCUCAAGCGGCCGCCCGCUACGCCGAAACCCUGGACAACGUAGUCUGCGACCUUGUGCGGCGUCUGAGGCGUCAGCGGGGACAUGGCACGGGGCUGCCCACCCUGGUUCGGGACGUGGCGGGGGAAUUUUACAAGUUCGGACUGGAAGGCAUCGCCGCGGUUCUGCUCGGCUCGCGCUUGGGCUGCCUGGAGGCUCAAGUGCCGCCUGACACGGAGACCUUCAUCCGCGCUGUGGGCUCGGUGUUUGUGUCCACGCUGUUGACCAUGGCGAUGCCCCACUGGCUGCGCCACCUUGUGCCUGGGCCCUGGGGCCGCCUCUGCCGAGACUGGGACCAGAUGUUUGCAUUUGCUCAGAGGCACGUGGAGCGGCGAGAGGCAGAGGCAGCCAUGAGGAACCGAGGACAGCCCGAGAAGGACCUGGAAUCUGGGGCGCACCUGACCUACUUCCUGUUCCGGGAAGAGUUGCCUGCCCAGUCCAUCCUGGGAAAUGUGACAGAGUUGCUACUGGCGGGAGUGGACACGGUGUCCAACACGCUCUCCUGGGCUCUGUAUGAGCUCUCUCGGCACCCUGAAGUCCAGACAGCACUCCACUCCGAGAUCACAGCUGCCCUGAGCCCCGGCUCCAGUGCCUACCCCCCAGCCACUGUUCUGUUCCAGCUGCCCCUGCUGAAGGCGGUGGUCAAGGAAGUGCUAAGACUGUACCCUGUGGUACCUGGAAAUUCUCGUGUCCCAGACAAAGACAUUCAUGUGGGUGACUAUAUUAUCCCCAAAAAUACGCUGGUCACUCUGUGUCACUAUGCCACUUCAAGGGACCCUGCCCAUUUCCCAGAGCCAAAUUCUUUUCGUCCAGCUCGCUGGCUAGGGGAGGGUCCCACCCCCCACCCAUUUGCAUCUCUUCCCUUUGGCUUUGGCAAGCGCAGCUGUAUGGGGAGACGCCUGGCAGAGCUUGAAUUGCAAAUGGCUUUAGCCCAGAUCCUGACACAUUUUGAGGUGCAGCCUGAGCCAGGUGCGGCCCCAGUUAGACCCAUGACCCGGACUGUCCUGGUACCUGAGAGGAGCAUCAACCUACAGUUUUUGGACAGAUAGUCCCGUGGAAAGAGACUGUCAUCAUCACCCUUUCAUUCGUCAUAGGGAUAAGAUUUUUUGUAGGCGCAAGACCAAAAUAUACAUCUUCCCCUAAUGCCUGUCUAUCUGACCAAACUGGAUAGAACCACCAUAGUGAAGUGUGAGGCGGCCCUGACCAAUGUGUGAAGUAUGCACUUAGCCUGACUCAGGAGGCCAAGUGAGAAAACCAUGGUUUCUCUGCUUGCUUGGCCCUUCUGAUCAUGUAUGCAUCCCCCAAGGAUGAAAUCAGAUUUUAACUAAUAAUGCUGGA